AUGAGAAGAAGAGGAUCUACUGUGACAGAUACUUCCUUUUCUUCUCGGGGAAGAAGGGGCUCGAUGGUACAAUCAAUUGCAUCGAAUGCUCCGUUCAUGGAGGAUCAUAUACAGCUUGAUACAGAGUCUAUCGCUAAUCCCAGGACUCGAACGAAAUCGCUAGGUUCGAGCGAAUUCGAACCCACGCUUACACCUAUGGAGGCCUCAUCUUUCACCUUCCCAUUCACCACCUCAGAAACAAAUUACUUAUGGACAAAUCAGGUGCAAUCUGUGGAGUCAGACUUUCUCAUAUCAUACGAAGACGAGGAGGCAAUCAACAAAAUGGACAAUGCUGAGUUUUUGGAAUUUCAAGAUGUCAUUUCGCAUACCUACAAAGAGCAUGCACGGUUUCUGAAGGAGGCAGACGUGAUAGUGGAGAAUCUCAGCUCGAUGCUGACAAAAUACGACCAAGUCACCUUGCAAACGGUGGAUUUUCAGACGAAAUCUAACGAGUUGAUUUUGGAGGUGAACAGGCUUACAGGGUUGUAUGAAGACAUCUCGAAGAAUCUCGAAUACUUUGAGUCCCUUGACUCGAUUGUGAAAAGUUUGAACACUUCCAGUAGCAGUUCGAUUGUGAUGAGAAAAUCGUUCCAGGAGAACAUACUAAGGAGACUGGAUGAGUGUUUGACUUUUGUUGAGUCUCCUGCGGCCAAAGAGUUCAGAGAAAUCGAAAUUUAUCAAAAUAGAUUCAAGCAAUGCAUGGUGAGAGCGCUCACUCUGGUGAGAAACUACAUUAUCAACACACUCAAAAAUGUUGAGUUCAACAUCCAGACAAAGGUCAACGAAGAGAAGAACAAAAAUAAGAUCCGCGGGGCCAUCAGUGCAGCCACAUCUAUCAGGGUGGAUGCCUUCAUGUACAACCAGUUUGAAGAAGACUGCAGCUAUCUCCAGCCUUUGAUAGAAGAUUUGUACACCCGUGCAACAGUGGCCAACUAUGACGAGUACCUGGGCCUGUUGAAUGAUUGCUAUAGUCAAUAUUUCAAAUCCAGAAGCUCUUUGCUCAGCAAUACCAUCAAUGCGCAGCUUCAGGCGUACAAUGAAACUUCAAUUGCAGGAUCAAGGUCGCUAGUGCAACUGGCACAGGGAAACAUUGCGUUCUUCUCAAGAGUUUUAGAAAGAGAGUUUGAUGUCUUCAGCCAUAUCUUCUUUGUCACGGACGACCAAAGAACUGAUAAUGCUAAUAAUGUCAUGAUGAUCAACAAGUGGUUUGAGUCUGUACUUGAUCCCUUGUACUACAUGAUGAGAAAUCGGAUUAUCAGAGAAAAUAACAUCAGUGAUCUAUGUGAGCUCAUCACUUUACUGCAAAAGUACUCGGAAACAGACCUUUCAGACGAUGAAUCCGAGUCUGUGUCUGAACGCAGCCUUCAAAUAGGCGGCAUGUACCACCAUGAACACACCAACUCAGAACAUAUAGAGAUCGAGUCGCUAUUGGCACCAAUUCUGCAGGAUGUGCAAUCCAGACUGGUGUUUCGGGUGCAAGCCUACAUUGACAAAAAUGUCGUCAACUACAAGAAGACUGGAAGAGAGUUCUCCAUUGGCCGCAGAAGGGCACCCAGUGUUGCGCCAGAUGAUGAUUUGGAUAGCAUCGCAGGAAGCGUAACUGGUAGCUUGAAUGGCAGAGACAACGACACUGAAUCCAUAGCGGACACAAUCAUUUCCUCAGUGAGUCAUUCCGAGCAUCAAUUUUCGUCUCAAACCAUAUACCCACCGGUUGUCAAAUCAGUCAAGCUAUUGACUAAGAUCUACCAGCUGGUUGGCUCACAGGUUUUUGACGAUUUGGCAAACUCAGUGGUUCAUCUGGUGCUUCUGUCUAUAAGAGACAACUUUUCGAGCCUGCUCACAGGAACGUAUUCGUCAAUUGACUCCAAGCUUUAUCUCAUCAAGAAUUUGGUUUUUUUCAAGGACAACAUUGAAAAUCUGGAUAUAGAACAUGUUAGAAGAGAAGCGUCUUUGGAUUUCAGCGGAUUACAAAAGCUUUUCAGAAAGUUUUAUAAAGGCAGCAGGGACAAGCAGUCUAUCGAGCAACAUUAUGGGGCUGCCAGAGACGAAGGUGGAUUUUUCAGUUUGGCACUUGGUUCUGUUCCUCGUGUUGUGGAUGAUGUCAUCGAUGCCAAAUUGGAGUUGCAAAUGGCAUUAAGAACCGCUGUUCAUGAGUUCAUUGAUGACUAUAAGACGAGGAUCAUACAGCCACUGGCUGACUGCACAGACCCAACGGAUGCAGAAGAAGCUGCUACCAAGUUCAAGAAGACUUUAGAAAUAGAGUUUCCACGGAUCAAGCCACAGAUAUCGACCUUCGUGCAAGACCCCAGGGUUGUCAGUUACCUAAUCGACGGUGUUCAGGAAGCUAUCAUUCAAGAGUAUGAGCGGUUCUAUAAUGCAGCAAUCGUCCAUGGAGCCCUCGAGGACGAUGAGGGCAAUUUGAUGGAGGUUGACACUCUCAUCUCGUUCCUCAGCGAGGUUGUCUCCAAGAUGUUCCAGAAUGAAGAGCAUUUUAGAGAACCCAGCACCAGCACCACUGAUGGGAACAUUUUCGAUAACGACCCUGAUGUUAGCACGCUUGCUCUAGAGUAA